UCUGCAUAGGCCCUGUGGCGUCCCCACUGCUCUACAGAUUCGCGUUCGCCACUUUCUCUACCUUUGUCGUUGCUGCGAGAUCGUCAGGUGUUGUAGGUCGCGGUCCGCCAAAGGAAGGUUGCGCUGCUCAGGUCCGUCCCUCAGCGUUUCACCCUCAAUAUGUCAUCCCAAGCACCACCGAUUGUCGACGACGAAGAAUGCAGGCCGCAAAUCUCGUUUUUCCAAUGGCCCGACUACGUGGUGUUGGCCCUGAUGCUGCUCGUGUCGGCGGCCAUCGGCAUCUUCUUCGGCAUCCAGGCCCGUCGACAAAAGGCCAGCACCGACGACAUCCUCGUCGGCGGCAGACAGAUGGCCACUUUUCCCAUGGCCAUGUCUCUUCUCGCCAGUUUUAUGUCUGCAGUAACACUUUUGGGCAACCCUGCCGAAAUGUACAACUACGGAACGCAGUUUGUGGUGAUCGGUGUCGGCUACAUCAUGGUUAGCCCAGUCACCGCCUACGUUUUCAUGCCCGUGUAUCACAGACUUGCCCUCACAUCAGCCUACGAGUACUUGGAAAUGAGGUUCAACAAGUGGGUGCGACUGAUCGGCUGCGUUAUUUUCACACUUCACAUGAUCACGUACCUUCCGAUCGUCGUAUACGCGCCAGCCCUGGCCUUGAACCAGGUCACUGGUCUUGACACCUAUGCCGCGGUCAGCAUCAUCUUUGCCGUCUGCAUUUUCUACACGUCUGUUGGUGGCAUCAAAGCCGUGAUAUGGACAGACACCUUUCAGGUGUUGAUGAUGUUCGCCGGCAUGAUGGCCGUUGUCUUCAAAGGCACCGUCGACGUCGGCGGCGCCGACUUUGUCUGGCAAAAGACGGUGGAGUCUGGCCGAGCCGAGUUUUUCAACAUGAACACUGACCCCCGCGAGAGACAUUCUUUCUGGACCAUGACAGUCGGCGGCUCUUUCCUGUGGAUCGCUACUUACGCAGCCAGUCAGGCGCAGAUCCAGCGCUUCUUGACUGUCCCCACCGAAAAGCAAGCAGUCAGAGCAAUUUGGAUCAACUGUAUUGGCCUAGUCGCCCUUCUGCUGGUCUGUUGUUGGGGUGGCCUCGUCAUGUACGCCAACUAUUUUGAUUGCGACCCUCUGAUUUCAGGAAAAGUGAAAGCAUCUGACCAACUUUUGCCUCUUUUUGUUAUGGACACGAUGGGCAGUUUGCCUGGAAUGCCUGGCUUAUUCACGGCUGGAAUAUUCAGCGGCUCGCUCAGCACUGUUUCGACCGGUCUUUCUUCUUUGGCUGCAAUCACCUUAAAGGAUUUUCUCAUCGGAGCCUUCAAGAUGGAACUCAAAGACUCGCGACAAGCCAGUUUGGCCAAAUGGAUCAGUUUGAUUUAUGGAAUCAUCUGUUUUGGAAUCGUAUUUCUUGUUGCCCAAAUCGGCGGAGUUUUGCAAGCUGCCUUGAGCGUUAACGGAAUGGUCGGUGGACCGAUUCUUGGACUUUUCAGCCUUGGAAUUUUGAUACCCUGGGUCAACUGGAAGGGCGCUUUUUCUGGUGGAAUUGUGGGUUUGGUCUUCGUCGGGUGGAUGGGCUUUGGCGCCCAAGUCGAAGCAGCCUUGGGCAACCUCAGCUAUCCGAAAAAGCUAUUAUCCGUCGCCGGCUGCAAUUGCACCACUGGGGUGCUGCCCGCACCUCCUCUACCAGGCUCUUAUCCGGACAUUUUUCCGCUGUACGCGGUUUCCUACAUGUGGUACGCUCCGAUAGGGUGGUGCAUCACCACGCUAAUCGGCAUCGCGGUCAGUUGGAUGACCAAGUUCAACGACCCCAGGGAGAUGGACAAGAGGUUGUUUUCACCAGUACUGAUCGCGAUCAUGGACAAACUGCCCCUCAGCUGGCAAGAAAAAGUCAACUGGCCACUCAAACCCGCCAAAAAGGAGGGAUGUGAGAACAGUGGAUUUGAAUUCGAGGCUGAAAAUGAAAAAGUACAAAAAUCAGAAGACGAGAACACCCAUAAAUUCUAAGGUUUUGAUAAAAUGAACUCAAUUAAUUUACGUUAAUAACAUUGAUAAGCCUUUGAAAAUUAAACAACGACAAAAAUACAAUUUUGUUUU